AUGUUUACCUAUUCACCCCUCGACCGUCACAAAUCCGAGAUCCGUCUCGUGCGCUUCGUUGAGUGUCCGAGUGACGCUUCAAAGCUUGAGCUUGAACUGCGCCACGCCUCCAUGAACGACACCACGUUCAACGCUCUCUCAUACGUCUGGGGCGACUGCUCCGAAACAAUCGACCUCACCCUCAACGGCCAAAGUUUCCCAGUUGGUCCCAGUCUCCACUCUGCUUUGAAGCAGCUGCGGGAGAAUGGCCUCCCCUCUUGGAUCUGGAUCGACUCCAUCUGCAUUCAGCAGACCGAUCUCGAGGAGAAAGGAUGGCAUGUGCAAGAGAUGCGGACCGUUUACAGUCGCGCCGAGUGCGUGUACAUGUGGCUCGGCCCAGGCUCCGAUGCCACCGACAAGACGAUAGAGUUCAUGGCUGAGAUCGGUCCAACGCUUGUCGAAUUGAACGCCAUGGAGAUACUAAGCUCUUAUCAAAACGGCAUUGUCAACACGUACUUUCGGAGUCGCGUAUCAGGUGAAGACCUUGGUCGUCCUAAUGAAGAUCCGGCCGUGAAGCUAGCCCAGUACAUGUAUGGCCUACUAGAUCAUCCAGGACUACAGGCUGCGAAGGACGUUGACGGUGUCGAGGUCCCUCGGGGUGUUCUAAUCGAUGGACUCUCGGAAAUUGUCAAGAAGGAAAACUGGCACCGUAUAUGGAUCGUCCAAGAAGUUGCCCUCGCCAGAGUCGGGCUCAUCAUGUGCGGCACUAAGGCCACCUCCCUCGAGCACUUCCAAUCAACCUUUAUGACUCUCUGGGACUGCAGCGUCUUCGACAAACGUCAUGGGAGUCGCGUGAACGGGGGAAUAGGCUUCGAGUGGGCCUGGAACUGGAUCCUCCCGCUGCUCAUCCGCCGACGGAGACAGUACUGGCGCGAGGGACCGCUCCGGCUCUCCGAGAUCUUACGUCCCUCGUUCAGGGCGAAGCAUACAAUAUACGCAGCCUCAGACCCGCGCGACAUUGUAUUCGGGCUUCUGGGUGUCAUCGAGGACGGUGAGGAGUUGGGUCUUCGGGCCGACUAUACCAAGUCCAUGGCCGAGGUCUUUACCGCGGCGACAAAGGCAUUUCUUCAACAAGACGCCGGUAUAGGUUCAUUCCGUUUAGAAUACGUCACCCCCAGAGCCGAAAACCCCGAUGGUCUUCCUUCUUGGGUCCCGGAUUGGAGAGAGAUUGGAGAAAAGGGCACAUUGAUAGAGGACGCCGGCCUUCAUAUCGACGCCACCUCUGGUAUGCCAACAUCGGAAAACAUGACUCUCGACGAGAGUCCCUGGGUCUUGAGACGCUUUGGAUGCUACGUCUCCACGAUAACCGACGUCAUGGAGAUCCCGAAAGAUCUACACAGCUUCCGAAAAGGCAUCCCCUACGCUGAACUCGUCGAGGAUUUCAUGGCAUCAGUUCUCAAGUUCGCCAACCUUGGACCAGACUCGGGCCCAGCCGAAGAUUACGUCUGGCGCACUCUCGUGGGUCGACAGUAUGGAGAGCCUGCUUUUCACGAUCGUUACCACCAUUGGAUGGAUGGUGAUGUAGGGCUCCUAGUCCGCAGCAUCAUGCGUCAGGGGCAGUUUGACCCAGAGCAUCUCACAGAGCCCCAGAAAGAGUUUAUCAACAACGGCCCAUUACAUCUUAGUACCAUCCGACUAGAUCUCGACACUCCACAGAAGCAGCUCACGCAUAUCGUUCAAGAGUGGCCAGAAGACAUCCUCUACUACACCGUAGGGAGGACCCUGUUCAAAACGAACAAGGCCAUGUUCGGACGGGGGCAUGUUCUCGUGAAGCCUGGUGAUAUUGUCACUAUCCUGUCUGGGUGCGAAGUGCCAAUUGUCUUGCGGCCACGCGAAGAAGGAGGCUAUACGUUUGUUGGGGACGCCCAUGUGGAUGGCAUCAUGAACGGGGAGUUUCACCAAACCGCACCAAACUACCAGACAUUUGACAUAUACUGA